UUGUGUGAAGCAAAUUGUGCUAUUAUUUUUUUUUAUUAUAGCUUGAUAAAUCAAUGCGCAGUAAUAUUAUAGUAAUCGUUACAUUUAUCACGGGAACAAGUAAUAAUUUAUUCUCAAACUUUCUCGAACAUUCUCAAAAAUUAUGUAUAACCCCUUGAUGAUCCUUAUAUAUGGAUAGCGUUAAAUUCUUUAUUGUUAAAUUAAGGGGAUGUCGUUGAUCAGGUUUUUGUGAUGCGAUCAUAUUAACGUAAUUUUCCCCAAAAGCUUAUUCCAAGAUCGAUCCUGCAAAUUAUAUAAAAAGGUGAUGUCCCUGUUAAUGAGCCCUUUUAUCCGCCUUGUGCAAGUAAAACAAAACCAUUAUUAAAAUCAUUGGUAUUAACAAUCAAACGAACUCGUAUUUUCCGCAAAGUAAUAAUAAAGUAAGUUGUUUAUUGCUCGGCUAACUUCUUGAAACAUGCCAUCAUGAUGUUAAUCGAUUUUCCACCUUUAUAGAUGUUCCAAAAUAAAACGGACGUAUUACCCUUCUUGUUAUAUAUCGGCAUUUUGAUCUUCGCCGAGAAAAUCUUUGACUAUCAUCAUGUGUAUAAUAGGCGCAGUGAAAUAACGAAAAUAUUAUCUAAUCUAAUCGAAGCCACGUGUCUCAUCAGCGCAGUAAAAUUGCUGUGGCUUUCCUUUAUUAUAACGCUCUAAACAACAAAUUUCCUAAAUAUAAGGCGGAAUGGAAUGUUGUGAAAAUGAAUCGUAGUGGUAAGUGUGAAUCGGAAUUAUUAUUUUUUUUUUACAUCAGUUGCUAAUCUCCCGAAUUUAUGUGCGGGAAAAUUUAUUU